AUCCAAGAUGUCAGCCUCUAUGAACACGAUUGUUUACAGUAGCUGUGAAUCUGUGAAAUAGUAUCUAAUAAUUAUAAGAGAACUGUAAUUGAUUUAGAUCAAAAUGAGGAUGCAGUUGUGUCAAACACUUAAUAAUGUCACUCUGAAGACAUUUAUUAAUCACUAUCAGAGGUUAGAAAGAAAGACCUUCUCUGUAAUGAAUUAUAAUUAUUUCAAGUUUAAAAAGCGAACAUUUAAUUUUCUUGAAGGUACAAAUAUUCACCCUACUAAUAAAAACCUAGAGAAAAUUACCGGUCAAUUUAAAAUAAAUUAUUGUGAAAAUUAUAUACCACCCAGAAUUAACGUACGUAAAUAUGCUACAAAAUCUGUAAGAGAUCGGUUCACCUAUACCAAUCCUAAAUAUGCAAGUUAUUUAUCAAGUAUAGAGGAAGAAAUGAAAACAUUAAGUGAGGACAAUACAAACAAUCUUAGUAAAUCGGAUCAUAAAAGAUUAAGAGAGAUUACACCGGCUGUCGAGCUUAUCAAAGAAUUAAAGAUGAAAGUAGCUGAACUACAGGAACUUUCAGCUUUUGAAAAUAAAACUCAAGAUCAAGAAAUGGAAAAUAUGAUUUUAGAUGAGAAGAAAGAAUGUUCUGAUAAAAUUCAAGAAAUUGAAAAUCAGUUAGUAGACGUAUUGUGUGAAGAAGAGAGAAUAGAUAAUAAUGAUAUUAUAUUAGAAGUUACGGCUGGAGUGGGCGGACAAGAAGCCAUGUUGUUUACAGCAGAAGUGUUCAACAUGUAUAUGAAUUAUGUCACUUUUAAAGGAUGGUCGCAGGAAAUUUUAGGAUAUGAAAUUAGCGAUCAAGGCGGCAUAAGAAGGGCUUCAAUGGAAAUAAAAGGAACCAAUGUCUUUAAACAUUUAAAAUAUGAAGGUGGUGUCCAUAGAGUUCAAAGAGUUCCCCAAACAGAAAGGAGUGGGCGCAUUCAUACCAGUACCAUGGCCGUAGCUAUCCUUCCCCAACCAACUGAGAUCGAUGUUGUAUUACACUCUAAAGAUUUAAAAAUUGAAACAUUUCGAGCUACAGGAGCUGGUGGCCAGAGUGUUAAUAAAACUGACAGUGCUGUAAGAGUUAUCCAUAUACCCACAGGAAUUGUUUCUGAGUGUCAAGAAGAAAGGUUCCAGGUUAGGAAUAAAGAUAAAGCAAUCAAAGUCUUAAGAUCAAGAAUAUACCAAAAAGAAUUAGAAGCACAGAUGUCAGAACAAAAGGCCCUGCGCAAAUUUCAAAUGGGAAGUGGUGGACGGUCUGAGAAAAUAAGAACUUAUAAUUUUAAAGAGAACAGAAUAACAGAUCAUCGUAUACAUCAGAAUAUUUUUAGUAAAGAAUUUUUAUCUGGUGGUCAAGACCUAGAUGACUUGAUCCAAACAUUAUGGACAGAAUCUAAAUACCUUUCUUUAGAGGCUAUGUUAGAUGACUAUUGUGAAAGCAUCAAAAUGAGAGAAAAAAAGAAAAAUUCUUAAGCAUUUAUUAUCAAAUUGCUGUAUGUGGUAUUGCUACAUAAAAUAAAUACUUAUUUAAAUAAAUAAAUCAACAAACAAAAGUUUAUUUAUAUAGAAUGAUAUUCAACAAAAAUAAAUGCUAAAAGAAAAGUUGAUAACAAUAUACUGGUCUAUAAAAGGCUAUAUAUGUACUUAUGUAUAAAUUAAAACUGAAUGUUAUAUAUUUAAUGGUAU